CCGGGAGCUGUCAGUUACUGGUCCACUAGUAGGGACAACUCUGUCAAGCAUAAAGGGUAGUAGUAAGGAUAGCACCAUAAACGACAAUAAUGGCAGUUACUGGUCAAAUGAUUAGAACUCCUGGAGGAAGGGAUCUCUGCUAUGGAGACAAGUACCCUCUCUGACACAGGAACUUAAGGGUCUGGAGACAAGUGCUAUUGCUUACCACAGGGUUGUACUCUGUCACCAAGUGGAGGCUGUUGAUCUCAAUGAAACGGCUUAAUUUGGUGGCAUCAAUGCUUUCAAUGUCUUUGCUCUCUAAAUCCAGUUUUUUGUUAUCCACCUGGGUAACACAGAAAGGAUAAAAUUGUCACUGUUGUUUUUAUUCAUUCGUUGGUAAAUAUUUCUGGACCAUCUACCACACGUCAGGCACUGACUUAAGGCUCAAAAGUCAUAAAGGUACAUACGAAAUAUUCUCUGCUUUCAAAGAACACUGUCCUGUGGGAAUCAAAGAAGUGAACAGAAAUGUCAUCACAGGGGAAUUGCAGGCCCAUAUAUCACCUACAGGAAGAGAAGAAAACUUCCAGGAAGAAGCAACUCUUGAAAAGUCAGGAACCUGAAAGAGAACCAUCAGACACCCAACAACAUCAGAAUGAGCGACAACACUACUUUGGCUCCUCCAGCUUCAAACCAGGGUCCCACUACCCCACGCAAGGGGCCCCCCAAGUUUAAGCAGAGACAGACUCGCCAAUUCAAGAGCAAGCCUCCUAAGAAAGGUGUUAAAGGGUUUGGAGAUGACAUUCCAGGCAUGGAGGGGCUAGGAACAGACAUCACGGUGAUUUGUCCCUGGGAGGCGUUCAGCCACUUGGAACUGCAUGAGCUUGCUCAGUUUGGGAUCAUCUGAGGCACCAGAGGUUCUGCCAUUCUCAACAGCAGCUGCUGUAGUUUUGAUUCCUUUUGCCCUAUUGAUCUGCCAGAGUCUUGAAAUUCAGCUGUUAGGAAGUGGUUUCUUCCGCUGACACAGUCAUUUCCCCUAAAUUGCUGCGAAGAGCUCUCAGCGUCAGACCCUCUCCUGCCAUAUAGUUCAGCUCAGAAUAGUGGAUGCAGAUUGACUUGCUCAGUCAUUUCAAACUUGACCACCUUUUCUUAUCAGCUGCUUAGAAUUCAUUGAUAGUUCUCUAAAUGUUGUUUAUUUGCGAAGUCCUUCAAAUCUAUUUGAAGGCAUUCCCUGCAGUUAGUAGCAGCUUUUAAAGAUAACAUUUAUGUCACUCCCUUCCCCUUUUCAUUUAAUAAAGGACAUACUGACCUUGAAUCUGAUGAUGCGGUUGUAGUAUAAAUGCUGUAUGCAAAUAUCUGAUACCCUGUUCUGAGAGUCAAUUAAACAAAGAAGGGCGGUCCUCCAGGAAACAAGCACAGGGCAUAUGAAAGAGUGUGGGAGAAGAGUCAAACCCUGAUUCUGCUUUGUAACUUUGUAAAUUGUGCACGUUCUGGGUCUUAAUUUUAUGGAACUGGGUCAUCUCUGAGGUCCUAAGCAGCUUGUACAAAUUGGACAGCCUUAUGUUUGAUGGAAGACUGGAGAUUCAAACUCAGGAAUCUGAUAAUGUGAGCCUUCCUCUCCCUGCCUUGGCUCAGCUGAUUGAAAAGAUUUAGAUGCUAGAAAGUUUAGACUUAGAUGCAAAGGAUAGGUGGUUGAAUCCUCUAGAUAAAAUGAUGGGUUGCUUCACCGUUGAGGUUGUGUCAAAUGUAAUGUGCACAUAGCUAUCUUUCCCCAAUACUUUCAAGGCAAUUGUGCAAUUCAAA